AUAAAGUGCUUCAUUCUUUCCCAAAGCAUAGUCUCAAAAUGAAGGAAAUACUAAAGAUAACAACUUUGGUGACCACUAUAUUGUUCUGCUCCGUUGAUGCUAGAGUUAGACCCAUAGGAUUGCCAAAAAGUCUGCUGGAGUGUUUCCAAAGGUAUUCGCAGAACCCCUAUACGAAACAGUACCCUGUUGAACAACAGUCAUUGAUUUGUCUCCAGCGUUUCACAUGGAUGGAAUCUAAAACUCCCUGCAAAAAGAUGUCAAACACAGAGUUAAAUUAUCUCAGAAGUCUUUUUAAUAAAAGCAAAAACCAUCGCAAGAAACGAGCGACACAAAAUAAGCGAAAGAGAAAGGAAUACAGAUCUCUAACCGAGAAGGAAAGAAAAGUGUUCCACGACGCUGUCCUUGCAUUGAAAGCAAAAUCUACUAGCAAUUACGAGACCAUUGCCAACUACCACCAAGCUAAUGCAGGCCAAUCGGCCCAUGGGGGACCAAACUUUCCGGGGUGGCACAGAGUAUUUCUUCUUAUAUAUGAAGAGGCCCUAAUUGAGGCGAGUAAUGGGAAGUUGAGUGGUAUCCCUUACAUAGACUGGAGACUGGAUUAUCGCCUUUCAUCCCCUGGUUCUUCGAUACUUUGGACCCAUGAGUAUCUAGGGAAUGGAGACGGGCGGGUUAGAAAUGGUCCGUUUGAAAAUUGGGUUAUAAACCGCACAACACUUGUCCGGAACGUGGGCACGACGCAACGCGAUCCAACUAACGAAGAUUCAGUCGCCGAAUUGUUCGCCAUUACUUCUGCGCGUUCUUUUGCCGAUCAACUCGAAAAUGUUCACAACAUCGGUCAUAUUUAUGUUGGUGGACUGAUGAACAAUUUACGUUAUGCCACCUACGACCCAGUGUUUUUCAUGCACCAUUGCUGGAUAGAUUACCUCUGGUGGCGUUAUCAGUGUCCGAACGGGAGAUGUAGGGACGACAGGUUUGUGUACCCCGGUACAAAUCGAGAUGGAGAUCAUGCUCCGACCGAGCCAAUGGAUAACCUGGUAUAUAAAGGGGAAUUAUUGACUAAGGACGGAUAUGACAGGCGCUGGUUGGAUAACGUUGACUACGAAAUCUCGCCAGCGGAUUGCAUCGAGAAUUGCAACUCACAGUAUGCGACAAACGGACUUCAAUGUGUCUCAUCUAGGUGCUUAUCUGCCACUUCGGGUAAUUUCUCACCAUUCGAAAAGCGUAAAAAACGUAGCGCGAACCGCCGGAACAGACAUUUCAGAAAACGUAAGCGUGAAGUCUUAUCUUAUCCUGUUCAGAACAUAUUUAGGGUUGAUUGCGAGAGUGAUACUACUUUAUGGGGAUACAUACCUGUCAAAGUGGUGUAUGUUAGAUGUACAGACGAACAAGUGUACAACUCAUUUACGGUAAAAAACGGAACUGUGCUGUCCUCCACCGCCUACGAUUUUUACGACAAUAGACCGGAAAUCCAAAAAAUUGACCGGCUUACGGUAACGGGACAUCCAAGCCAUUUCAAGAAUUGCAAAGCAAAAGAAUCGGGGGCGUUUAAGAUCAAUGUUAAUUCCUACGGGCUAAAUUAUCGCGGUAACUACGAAGAAUAUGCCAUCGUGGACGACAGGAUUCCUCUGUCCUCUGCAAUGGCUUACAUAGCCGUUAAACGUCCGACAAAACGAAGAUCCAGCAAAGUUUACUUGACAGCGUUUGACGAUUGUGGAAGAUAUUGUACCCCCGAGUGUUUGGUACCCGGAUCAAAGCCCCCGCGAUACGAACCAUGUACAGGAGCAAUGGAAAUAGACGUGAAACGUCCAAAGGGGUAUGCAAAUACUUUUGAUGAUGCCGUUCUGAUGUACUUCAACUUCCUCAAGCCUGGAAGUUUACCAACGUUUAAUGAGAGAAAUGUUCCAAUUGUGUUCUAUUGCAAAAGGAAUGAAAAAUGGAUUCCAGCGCCAUAAGAGUGUUAAGUUUCAGCAAAUCAACAACACGUUUUGUGUUUUACUUCUACUGGUUUUGGUUAUUUGGUACCGUGCUGUUGUUCUAGCUGAAAAUUAAAACCCAUUUUUGUUUCUUAAUAA